AUGGCGCCCACGCGCAAUAACCCCCCUUCGCAGUUCAGCAAAGAUGAAAAAGUGCUUUGUUUCCACAUGGACAUGCUGUACGAGGCCAAGGUGACCGACGUGCAGCCGGCCGAGGAGCAGGGCGACGGCUGGAGAUAUAAAGUUCACUACAAAGGCUGGAAGAGCACCUGGGACGACUGGGUGCUUGCGGACCGCAUCCGCCCAUUUGACGACGAGCAUCGUGAGCUCGCCGCGCAGUUACACGCGCAACUCCGACAAAGCAUGGCCAAAAGCUCCAAGCAAGCAGGCGGCGCCGCGUCCGGCAGCGGCGCUGGUGGCAGAAGGGGCCUCCGCGGCGACGCCUCUGGCCGCGGCAGCGAAGAACGCGGCGGCUCCUCGGCAGGCGGCCCCGGCUCACGCGCAACCCAGGGGCCUGCCGGCGGCGGACGGCGUGGCAAGGACUGGGAGCUCGAGACGGAGGACUCCUUCUACGCCAAGCCCAUGAUUAGUAUCCCCGUGCCGGACCACAUCCAGGCGAUGCUGGUCGACGACUGGGAGAACAUCACCAAGAACAACCAGCUCGUGCCGCUGCCGCACGCCAAGUCGGUCAGCAAGAUUUUCGAGGACUAUGUCGCGUUUGAGCGGCCGCAUCGCGAGGAGCACUCGGCGAGCAUGGACAUUCUCACCGAGGUCGUCGCCGGCUUCCGCGAGUACUUUGAAAAGUCCCUCAGCAGAAUCUUACUAUACCGCUUCGAGCGUCAUCAAUACAUGGAUAUUCGCAAGCUGUGGGAUAACAACCACGACGAAAACUCAACGUACAAGAACGUCUGCGACGUCUACGGUGCCGAGCACCUCGCCCGACUCAUCGUGUCCCUGCCCGAGCUCCUGGCGCAGACCAACAUGGACCAGCAAUCUGUGUCCCGUCUACGCGAAGAGAUUGGCAAGUUUACCGUGUGGCUCGGUCGCAACUGCGAGCACUACUUUGUCAGCGAGUACGAGACACCCUCGCAAGAGUACAUUGACAAGGCGCGCAGCUUCUAA